AUGAAGCUUUUCGGUUCUAUCCUCGGCCUCGCUGCCGCUAGCGAGUUCAGCCCCAUCAUCGAUGAGGUCAACGCCGCCAACGCUGGCUGGACUGCCGGUGAGAACUUCCACGAGCAGACCACUCUCGAGGAUGUUCGAUCUUGGCUCGGAGCUUGGUCCAAUGCCGACUACGACUGGCCACAGGUUUACCCCCACGACGACCUCGUCGGAGACAUUCCUGCUACUUUCGACUCUCGAUCCAACUGGGACAAGUGCACCGUCAUCGGUAAAGUCCGAGACCAGGGUGGUUGUGGCUCAUGCUGGGCCUUUGGCGCUGCUGAAGCGAUCUCCGAUCGAAUCUGCAUUGCUUCCAAGGGUGCCACUGAUGUCAUGUACGCUGCUGAGGAUGUGCUGAGCUGUUGCCUGUCCUGCGGAAACGGCUGCAAUGGAGGUUAUCCGCUUGCGGCUAUGGAGUAUUUCGUCACCCGUGGAUUGGUUACUGGUGGUCUCUACGGAACCAAAGACACUUGCCAGCCCUACACUUUGGAAGCAUGUGAGCACCACGUCCCCGGCGAUCGACCUCCAUGCACUGAGGGUGGCGGAACCCCCAAGUGCUCUCACGAGUGCAUCCCAGACUACACCACUAAGUCGUACAGAGACGACAAAGUGCACGGACACAAGGCCUACUCCGUCCCCAACGAUGUCGAGAAGAUUCAGCAGGAAAUUAUGCACUACGGACCUGUUGAGGCGGCAUUUACAGUUUACUCUGACUUCCCCUCGUACAAAUCCGGUGUUUACCGACAUACUUCUGGCAGUGAGCUUGGCGGCCAUGCGAUCAAGAUAAUUGGAUGGGGCACCGAAGGUGGAGACGAUUACUGGCUGGUGAUGAACUCGUGGAACUCCGACUGGGGAGACAAGGGUCUCUUCAAGAUUCUCCGAGGACAAAACGAGUGUGGAAUCGAGAGCGAAGUCGUUGCUGCUACUGUCGAUGCCUCCACCCUUCCCGGAAACUCUUUCCUCUAA